GAAGCACAUCCUUCGCACAGGCCCGAGGGAAGAUGAUGGCGGCGGCGGCCCGAGCGGCGCUGUUCCCUGCGGUGCGGCGGAGGCUCUGCGGUUUCACCGAGAGGCUCCUGGCCGGAGGUGCUGCCGGGCGGUCACUAUAUUUUGGAGGAAACAGAUUGAGAAGUACACAGGCUGCUACACAAGUUGUUCUGAAUGUCCCUGAAACUCACGUAACCUGUUUGGAGAAUGGACUCAGAGUGGCCUCUGAAGACUCUGGGCUCUCAACAUGCACAGUUGGGCUCUGGAUUGAUGCUGGAAGUAGAUAUGAAAAUGAGAAGAAUAAUGGAACAGCUCACUUUCUGGAGCAUAUGGCUUUCAAGGGCACCAAAAAGAGAUCCCAGUUAGAUCUGGAACUUGAGAUUGAAAACAUGGGUGCUCAUCUCAACGCCUAUACUUCCAGGGAGCAGACUGUAUAUUAUGCCAAAGCAUUCUCUAAAGAUUUGCCAAGAGCUGUAGAAAUUCUUGCUGAUAUAAUACAAAACAGCACAUUGGGAGAAGCAGAGAUUGAACGUGAACGUGGAGUAAUCCUUAGAGAGAUGCAGGAAGUUGAAACCAAUUUACAAGAAGUUGUUUUUGAUUAUCUUCAUGCCACAGCUUAUCAAAAUACUGCACUUGGACGGACAAUUUUGGGACCAACUGAAAAUAUCAAGUCUAUAAAUCGUAAGGACUUAGUGGAUUAUAUAACCACACAUUAUAAGGGGCCAAGAAUAGUACUUGCUGCUGCUGGAGGGGUUUCCCAUGAUGAACUGCUUGAGUUAGCAAAGUUUCAUUUUGGUGACUCUUUGUCCACACACAAAGGAGAAAUACCAGCUCUGCCUCCCUGCAAAUUCACAGGAAGUGAGAUUCGAGUGAGGGAUGACAAGAUGCCUUUGGCACAUCUUGCAAUAGCUGUUGAAGCUGUUGGUUGGGCACAUCCAGAUACAAUCUGUCUCAUGGUUGCAAACACACUGAUUGGCAACUGGGAUCGCUCUUUUGGAGGAGGAAUGAAUUUAUCUAGCAAGCUGGCCCAGCUCACCUGUCAUGGCAACCUCUGCCAUAGCUUCCAGUCUUUCAACACUUCCUACACAGAUACAGGAUUAUGGGGAAUCUAUAUGGUUUGUGAACCAGCCACUGUUGCAGACAUGCUACAUGUUGUUCAGAAAGAAUGGAUGCGACUCUGUACAAGUGUCACUGAAAGUGAAGUUGCACGAGCCAAGAAUCUUCUGAAAACAAACAUGUUGCUGCAACUUGAUGGUUCCACUCCCAUCUGUGAAGAUAUUGGUAGGCAAAUGUUAUGCUAUAAUCGAAGAAUUCCCAUCCCUGAGCUUGAAGCAAGAAUUGAUGCUGUAAAUGCUGAGAUAAUUCGAGAAGUGUGUACCAAAUAUAUUUAUGAUAAGAGUCCAGCUGUUGCUGCUGUUGGUCCCAUUGAGCAGCUACCAGAUUUUAAACAGAUUUGCAGUAACAUGUGCUGGCUUCAUGAUUAAAAUGCUCCUAAUAAACAUAUUUUGAACAUAUAUAUUUAUAAAACCGAGACCUGCAAGUCCUAAAGAAAAAAAAUGAACAUCUAUACUGGUAAAUAUGAAUGAAAUACUAUCUCAGACUUUGAAAGAAUAAGACCACCACAAUGAAUGGUAGAUCUCUGAGAAAUUAUACUGGAACAACACACUUUAAGUAUAGUUUUAAGAAUAAAAUUUUGUACAGUAUUUUCAGUUUUAUUAUAAAAAUGCACACACAACAAA